CUCCAACAUGGCGGCGCCGUGGGGCCGGGGCGUCUCUUCCUGACAGGGCGGCGCGCACGGACGCGGCCGGUGCCGGCCGGGACGCCUGACCCCUCAGCCUCGCUCCCCUGCUCGCUCGCGCCGCCGGCUCGCGGGGCCGCCGCCCCCGCCGGCCGGGGCCAUGCAGGAAAGCCAGACCAAGAGCAUGUUCGUGUCCCGGGCCCUGGAGAAGAUCCUAGCUGACAAGGAGGUGAAGCGGCCCCAGCACUCCCAGCUGCGUAGGGCCUGCCAGGUGGCGCUCGAUGAAAUUAAAGCAGAAAUAGAAAAGCAGAGGCUUGGCGCUGCAGCUCCGCCAAAGGCAAACUUCAUUGAAGCCGACAAGUAUUUCCUUCCAUUCGAGCUGGCCUGCCAGUCCAAGUCCCCCCGGGUGGUCAGCACAUCCCUGGAUUGCUUGCAGAAACUCAUCGCAUAUGGGCACAUCACUGGCAACGCCCCUGACAGUGGAGCUCCCGGGAAGCGGCUGAUCGACAGGAUCGUUGAAACCAUUUGCAAUUGUUUUCAAGGCCCUCAGACGGAUGAAGGGGUUCAGCUACAAAUAAUUAAGGCUCUUCUGACUGCAGUGACCUCCCCACACAUUGAAAUCCAUGAAGGCACUAUCCUGCAGACAGUGAGGACAUGCUACAAUAUCUACCUAGCCAGCAAAAACCUCAUCAAUCAAACCACCGCCAAGGCCACGCUUACCCAGAUGCUGAAUGUCAUCUUUACCCGCAUGGAAAAUCAAGUGUUACAGGAGGCCAGAGAAUUGGAAAAACCAAUCCAGUCUAAACCUCAGUCCCCUGUGAUCCAGGCCACAGCAGGAUCUCCUAAAUUCAGCCGAUUGAAGCAGAGCCAGGCCCAGAGCAAACCAACAACUCCUGAAAAAACAGAGUUGCCCAACGGUGAUCAUGCCAGGAGUGGCCUAGGGAAAUCGAGCUCAGAAAAUGGAGAGGCUCACCGAGAAAGAGGCUCAUCAUUCUCUAGUUCAGCUGAGCCUUCCAGGGGCACUGAUGAAGGAGCCCAGGAGGUGGUGAAGGACAUCUUAGAGGAUGUGGUCACAUCUGUUGUGAAAGAAGCAGCAGAGAAACAUGGUCUUACGGAGCCCGACCGAGUCGUGGGUGCCCUGGAGUGCCAGGACUACGCUGUUCAGCCAGGGGUUGAUGAGAACUCGCAGACCAAUGGCAUAGCCGACGACAGGCAGUCGCUGUCCUCAGCAGAUAACCUGGAACCAGAUGUUCAAGGACAUCAAGUGACUGCUAGGUUCUCUCACAUUCUACAGAAGGACGCCUUCCUGGUGUUUCGCUCCCUGUGCAAGCUGUCCAUGAAACCUCUUGGGGAAGGACCCCCAGAUCCAAAGUCCCAUGAGCUGCGUUCCAAGGUGGUUUCCCUGCAGCUGCUGCUCUCUGUGCUGCAGAAUGCUGGCCCAGUCUUCAGGAGCCACGAGAUGUUCGUCACUGCUAUUAAGCAGUACCUGUGUGUGGCCCUGUCCAAGAAUGGCGUGUCCUCAGUGCCUGAUGUCUUCGAGCUCUCACUUGCUAUUUUUCUUACUCUUCUUUCAAACUUCAAGAUGCACUUGAAAAUGCAGAUAGAGGUCUUUUUCAAAGAGAUUUUCCUGAACAUUCUAGAAACAUCCACAAGUUCUUUCGAGCACCGCUGGAUGGUCAUUCAGACCCUGACGAGGAUUUGUGCAGAUGCCCAGUGUGUUGUGGAUAUUUAUGUCAACUAUGACUGUGACUUAAAUGCUGCUAACAUUUUCGAGCGUCUAGUAAAUGAUUUAUCCAAAAUCGCUCAGGGAAGAAGUGGACAUGAGCUGGGGAUGACGCCUCUACAGGAGCUCAGUCUGAGGAAGAAAGGCCUAGAGUGUCUUGUGUCCAUUCUCAAGUGCAUGGUGGAAUGGAGCAAGGAUCUGUAUGUGAAUCCCAACCACCAGGCCACCCUGGGUCAGGAGCGGCUCCCAGAUCAGGAAAUGGGAGAUGGAAAAGGCCUUGACAUGGCAAGACGGUGUAGUGUGACAUCAGUGGAGUCCACAGUGUCCUCGGGAACCCAGACAACCAUUCAGGAUGACCCAGAGCAGUUUGAGGUCAUCAAACAACAGAAGGAAAUCAUUGAGCAUGGCAUCGAGCUCUUCAAUAAGAAGCCCAAGCGGGGAAUCCAGUUUCUCCAAGAGCAAGGCAUGCUGGGAACAGACGUAGAGGACAUCGCUCAGUUUCUGCACCAGGAGGAGCGGCUGGAUUCUACCCAGGUGGGCGAAUUUCUGGGUGAUAGCACGAGGUUCAACAAAGAGGUGAUGUAUGCCUAUGUGGACCAACUGGACUUCUGUGAAAAAGAGUUCGUCUCAGCCCUGAGGACAUUCCUGGAAGGCUUCCGCCUGCCUGGGGAAGCACAGAAGAUUGACCGGUUAAUGGAGAAGUUUGCCGCACGAUACAUAGAGUGUAACCAAGGGCAAACCCUGUUUGCUAGUGCUGACACUGCGUAUGUCCUGGCCUAUUCCAUUAUUAUGCUAACUACAGACCUGCACAGCCCUCAGGUAAAGAAUAAAAUGACAAAAGAACAAUAUAUUAAAAUGAACCGGGGUAUCAAUGAUAGUAAAGACCUACCGGAGGAGUAUCUGUCUAGCAUCUACGAAGAAAUAGAAGGCAAGAAGAUUGCAAUGAAGGAGACAAAAGAGCACACAAUUGCAACCAAAUCUACCAAGCAGAACGUAGCCAGUGAAAAGCAGCGGCGACUGCUGUACAAUAUGGAAAUGGAACAGAUGGCUAAAACGGCCAAAGCUCUGAUGGAGGCUGUGAGCCAUGCCAAAGCCCCAUUUACCAGCGCCACACACUUGGACCAUGUCAGGCCUAUGUUCAAACUGGUGUGGACGCCGCUGCUGGCAGCCUACAGCAUUGGCCUGCAGAACUGUGACGACACAGAGGUGGCCUCCCUGUGUUUGGAAGGCAUCCGGUGUGCAGUCCGAAUUGCCUGCAUCUUUGGAAUGCAGCUGGAACGAGAUGCCUAUGUUCAGGCCCUUGCUCGCUUCUCCCUGCUGACAGCCAGCUCCAGCAUCACAGAAAUGAAGCAAAAGAACAUCGACACCAUAAAGACACUUAUCACCGUGGCUCACACUGAUGGCAACUACCUUGGCAACUCUUGGCAUGAGAUCUUGAAAUGCAUCAGCCAGCUGGAGCUCGCUCAGCUGAUAGGAACUGGGGUGAAGACUCGCUACUUGUCUGGCUCCGGGCGGGAAAGAGAAGGGAGCCUGAAGGGCCACACAUUGGCAGGAGAAGAAUUCCUGGGCCUUGGCCUCGGUAAUUUGGUGAGUGGUGGAGUAGAUAAAAGACAGAUGGCCAGCUUCCAGGAGUCUGUUGGUGAAACCAGCUCACAGAGCGUGGUUGUUGCAGUGGACAGAAUUUUUACCGGCUCUACCAGACUGGAUGGAAAUGCAAUAGUUGACUUUGUCCGCUGGCUGUGUGCUGUGUCCAUGGAUGAGCUGGCUUCCCCCCACCAUCCCCGGAUGUUCAGCCUGCAGAAGAUUGUGGAGAUAUCUUACUACAACAUGAGCCGGAUCCGGCUGCAGUGGUCUCGGAUAUGGCAUGUCAUUGGAGAGCACUUCAACAAGGUUGGCUGUAACCCCAAUGAAGAUGUGGCCAUCUUUGCUGUUGAUUCACUGCGGCAACUCUCCAUGAAGUUUCUGGAGAAGGGAGAGUUAGCCAACUUCCGAUUUCAGAAGGAUUUUCUGAGGCCAUUUGAGCACAUUAUGAAGAAAAAUAGGUCCCCGACCAUCCGGGACAUGGUGAUCCGCUGCAUCGCCCAGAUGGUGAGCUCCCAGGCAGCCAACAUCCGCUCAGGCUGGAAGAACAUCUUUGCUGUGUUCCACCAGGCAGCCUCUGACCACGAUGGGAACAUUGUGGAACUGGCCUUCCAAACCACAGGCCACAUUGUCUCAACCAUUUUCCAGCACCACUUCCCUGCAGCCAUCGACUCCUUCCAGGACGCUGUGAAGUGCUUGUCGGAGUUUGCCUGCAAUGCCGCUUUCCCUGACACCAGCAUGGAGGCCAUCCGGCUCAUCCGCUUCUGUGGGAAAUAUGUCUCAGAGAGGCCUCGGGUACUGCAAGAAUACACAAGCGAUGACAUGAAUGUGGCUCCUGGUGACAGAGUCUGGGUCAGAGGCUGGUUUCCCAUCCUGUUUGAGCUCUCCUGCAUCAUUAACAGAUGCAAGUUAGACGUGCGCACAAGAGGACUCACCGUCAUGUUUGAGAUCAUGAAGAGCUAUGGCCACACCUUUGCAAAGCACUGGUGGCAGGACCUUUUCAGAAUCGUGUUUCGAAUCUUUGACAACAUGAAACUCCCUGAGCAGCAGUCAGAGAAAUCAGAGUGGAUGACGACCACCUGCAAUCAUGCACUGUAUGCUAUUUGUGACGUGUUCACCCAGUUCUACGAGGCUUUGAAUGAAGUGCUUCUCUCUGAUGUGUUUGCACAGCUGCAGUGGUGCGUGAAACAAGAUAAUGAGCAGUUGGCGCGAUCAGGCACUAAUUGCUUAGAGAACCUCGUCAUAUCUAACGGAGAGAAGUUCAGCCCUGCUGUGUGGGACGAAACCUGCAAUUGCAUGUUGGACAUUUUCAAGACCACCAUUCCACAUGUUUUGCUGACAUGGAGACCUGCGGGAAUGGAAGAAGAGUCAUCAGAUAAACAUUUGGAUGUGGACCUGGACCGCCAGUCUUUAAGUAGCAUAGACAGGAAUGCCUCUGAGAGAGGACAGAGCCAGUUCUCCAACCCCACGGACGACAGCUGGAAGGGCGCACCAUAUGCAAAUCAGAAACUGUUGGCCAGCCUCCUCAUCAAGUGUGUGGUUCAGCUGGAGUUGAUACAGACCAUUGACAACAUCGUCUUCUACCCUGCGACCAGCAAAAAGGAGGAUGCGGAACACAUGGUUGCUGCCCAGCAAGACACCCUAGAUGCAGAUAUCCACAUUGAGACGGAGAAUCAGGGCAUGUACAAGUUCAUGUCUUCCCAGCACCUCUUCAAGCUGUUGGACUGCCUGCAAGAGUCCCAUUCGUUCUCCAAGGCCUUCAACUCCAACUAUGAGCAGCGAACUGUCCUCUGGAGAGCAGGCUUCAAGGGCAAGUCUAAACCCAAUCUUCUCAAACAAGAAACCAGCAGCCUGGCCUGUUGUUUGAGGAUCCUCUUUAGAAUGUAUGUCGAUGAGGACCGCAGGGAUUCCUGGGGCGAAAUACAGCAGCGACUUUUAACGGUUUGCAGCGAAGCACUUGCCUAUUUCACCACUGUGAACUCGGAAAGCCAUCGGGAAGCAUGGACAAACCUCCUGCUGUUACUUCUAACCAAAACCCUCAAAAUAAAUGACGAAAAGUUCAAAGCACACGCGUCAGUGUACUACCCCUACUUGUGUGAAAUCAUGCAGUUUGACCUGAUCCCUGAGCUCCGCGCAGUUCUUCGGAAGUUCUUCCUGCGGAUAGGCCUGGUGUAUAAGAUAUGGAUUCCAGAAGAGCCAUCCCAAGUGCCAGCAACAUUGUCAUCCAUGUGGUAGCACUGGCUCCCACGGUCACUGCUGUGGUUCUGCAGAGUAUCCAUCAUGCCAUCCUGACUGGCAAACAAGGCCACCCACCCUGUUGGAGUUCAGACCUGGAUAGCAGUGACCUGUCCCCUGGCCUCAUCACAGUUCCCAUCGUCGGCUCCUGGUGUCUCGUUACACCAUUGCACACCAGUAACACAGUGGUGGGGUCAGUUCGCCAUCUGUCCGUCAUUCCAUUUUGCUGCCUGAACUGUCAAAUCUGUUGUCAAACCACAGUUUCCUCGCAGAGCUCCAAAACUGGCAAUAAAUGUUUUGUCAGAGGAAGUCACUCUCCUUGGAAGUAAUGAACAUCGCUGUAUAGAUUCGUGUUUAUUAGAGAGUAUGUUAAUAAAAUUCCUUGUAACGGCUAACUGCCACCUAAGUACACUGGGUGUUUUGUUGUUUGAAUGUAUUAGAGAAGUUUGAAUGUUUGUGUCAGUUUGGGGUCAGCCUAGUUAGAUUAAGAAAGGUAGGAAAAGAGGGUUAUUUCUUAUGCUUUGUUAUUGUCUGAGUGAUCUCUAAAGUAUUUUACAAAGUUAUAUUAUUGAAGAUUUGAUUAAAGGCAGAGUGUAGUAGACUUAAAGAGCUUGCAAGGUUUGAAGAAAAUGUAGUGCCUCAUGGCUCCCUGUUUUAGUAAUGUGGGGAGACAAAGGUGUUAUCCUUCCUUGAAGUAUUUGUGGGUAGGUGUUGUGUUAAAUUUCCAGAAUGCAUUGCGCAUCUCUCUGAAAUCUCUAAUCUGAAAUAGUAAUGAAAAGCAAACAGCUGACCCAGAGUUUAUCUUCAAGUCAGCCUUUUUAGUUUUUCCCUCAGCAGAGUGAGUGUGGAAGGGACUGUCAGAGCUGGGGACAGUAACUUAGUGUAAUAAGGGUUACUCCGCUGCUCCCUCAGCCAUGUCUUGAGUGGAACUAGAGCUACUGUGGGCCAGCACAGCUGGACUGUGACAACAGCCAGGGGUGGCACUUAGAGCUUCUGUUAGCUUGAGCCAGGAGCUGGAGUCUUUGGCAAGAUUAGGUUCUGGGGUCCUUACAGUGGUAAUGGUGCCACGCCUAGAACCGCAGCAGAGUGAAUUCUGAGUGCUCCCACACCCACAGCAGCCAAGCUAGAGGAAGCUCAAUCGAUUUGGAGCCCAUGAGAAAGAGAACGCACGACUCCUUGUCUGCCCUCACCCACUGUUCACCUGGAGCAGCACUGAGUGCUAAGCCGUGUCGUGAGAUGCAGUAGAAACCGCCAGGCUUCUGCCUGCAUCGAGUCCUACAAAUGGGGGUUGUGUUAUGUCAACUCUGGUGCCUUAGAAUAGUCAUCCCUUGGGAGUGCAUCUGUGGAAUUGGACCCUUUUUUCCUUCUAGAGGGAGUCCUGGUGCUUUUGCUGUUUUUUUCCUCUUGUUUUGACAGCCUUGCCACAUGUUCAGUUUGGUCGGCAGAACUUGUAUUUGUGCUUUUUCCCCCCAAAAAAAGUAUUAUAAUUUUUCUACCAAAGAAAAAAAAGCUGGUUGAGAUUAUUACCAACACAUAUUAGUUGAGAGGGCUGUGUACCUCGAAGGGCGGGACUGUGGGAGAAUGUUAGUGUAAGUGGAAAGUGUGAGCACAUUUGACUGAUGUGUCUGGGAGUCUGUCACAUCUUUUGCUGCACUAUAAACCUGCGCCUGAGAUGUUCUGCCUGGUGUUGCCACUCAGCAUGACCUCAGCUAUCAGUGGUCCCUGCAGUAUUUGUAUCACACAUGUAAUCAGGGAACAUGCAUGCGUGUUCAGUGGGUGCAUCCUGUCUAAACUGUGUCCCUGACUGGUGGCUUUCCCUCCCCUGUCAUGUGACAUUCCACCCAUCCGCAUUAGUCAUGUGCCCCCAGUGUUCCCUGCCUCCUCUGUCAUUUUUGCUCUUUACAGGGUGGGGAGUGUAUCUGUGCAUUUUCUUACUUGCUGAGGUUUUCGGGCUUGAAUUUCUUUAUAAUUUUGUUGUAUAAAAAGAUUGAAUUUUCUGAAUGAUGCAUUUGAAUUGUACAGCAAUAGAUCUUUUAAAAACAGUGUAAAACCAUUCAGGGUAAUUUUUCUUGUCAGUGGGCAGUGGUGUCCCUGACCUCCAGAAACAAGCCAUUCGGUUUAAAUUCUUUGUGGUGAACAAGUCUAGCCUUUCUCAUGGCAAAUGUAGCUUGAGCCCACUGGACACCAGUGCAGAGUGAAAAAGAACACUGUACCCUCACAGGCAGAUGCUGGCUGGCUGCAGCACAGAGGAGGGAGGGUGGAGCAUCUUCCAAGGCUUUAGUUCUUUAUCAGAAUGCUUUAAGUGUUGGUCAUAUGUGCCGGACUCUCUAAAGAAGUUUCUGUUCCCAAGCUGCUGUUCCGAGCAGUUCUGUUGUCUGUUAAGGAAAUCACCAGCUUUGGCAUCUGAGCAACAAACAGUGAGUGGGGUGUGAUGUCUGAUGUGCACCUCCAGAGUCAGACAUAUCUAGAAAUACAAUACUUUCUUCCAACAGGUGACUUUUGUACAAAAUUCAGAAAAAAAUGUCAAGACACAACCCUCAAAACAAACCAUUUUGUUGUUGUUGUUUUGUGAUCAUGGCUGUCUAUUUAGUUGUCUUCUAGUUAUUAAAGAACGUGCUGACACAGGCAGGUGUGGCCGCCUCGCUCAGGUGUUUGUUGCUACAGUGCUAGUGGAUCCUUCUGCACUCUGUGUCACUGUGGGAAGGGAGACACAAGCUAACGCCCACGUGAAACCUGGAAUUGUACUGCCAGCAGCUUGGUGGUUUGGGACGCAAAAAAACCAAAGCUGAGCAUUGUAAAGAAUGAAUCCAUCUGAAAAUCCUUGCUCUCAGAAAAUGACACUCAUCAAAUGUGUGGUUUUUCUCAGUGUUCUAAUUUUUUAAAAAAUUUUAUCUUGCAUAUUUGCAUCAAACAUUUCUUUAUGUGCAAAAUGUAUGUUUUUCCUCUUUAAAAAUGCCUAAAAGUUAGUUACUAGCUACUUUGAUUUCAUCUACACACAGUGAUUAAGUGCAUUUAAUAUUGAUAAUUUAAUGAAAAGCAUUCCUUGCCCAAUGGAUGUAAACAUUUUUGGAAGAAUAAAGCAGAAUUAUAUAAUAUGAAAUGCUAUGUAAAGUUUUCUAUAUAAAAAUAUUAUGUAUAAUACUGUUAAAUACCCCAUGCUUUGAUCAGGUGGAAAAUCAAUAAAGUUUUAAAAAGUAAA